AUGGCUUACCAGUUCUUCAAGGGCCAGUCGCAGCCCUCAAAUACCUCUGCGGGUUCAUCUCCUUCUCCAAGCCGACACACUCGGCCUCCCAUUCACCCUCCGCCGCCUCAGCCACCCCGAUCUGCUAGCACAAACACCAACUCAAACCGUGCCUCCCUUGCAUUUACGCCAUAUGAAGGUGUCAUCCCCGCAGGCUAUGCGACAUCCCAUCCGCAUAUAACGGUCGAGAAGAUCAGUACUGCGCAUAUACCGUCCUUUACACGGAUCACGGGGCUGCUCCUCCCUAUCCGCUACCCAAACUCCUUCUACACGGCCACAAUUGUGGACCCUAUUAUCGCGUCCUUGUCACGCGUCGCGCUGUAUCAUGACCAUCCGGUGGCCGCUGCACCUGACUCUAGCGCCUCAACUGGAACAGAUAAGGUGAUCGGAGGCAUCAGAUGUCGAUUGGAGAAGCAGGAGUCGUCGGGGUCGGCCCAAGAUCGAGUUGCAACCAAUCUAUACAUCCAGACACUUCAUCUCCUCUCCCCAUACCGUGGUCAUGGAGUGGCUGCUGCCCUGUUGAACUCCCUACUCUUCGAGUCACCACUCCGAUCAAAAGGCCCAUGUCAAGUAUCGAAUAUUGUGAAACACUAUAACAUCCGCUCGGUGACGGCGCAUGUUCACGAAGCCAACGAGGAUGGACUGCGAUGGUAUGUUGCCCGUGGCUUUCAAGUGCAGGAAGGGAUUGUUGAGGGCUACUAUCGACGCCUGCAACCUUCUGGUGCUAAAAUUGCUUCACAACGCACAUCUCGCACCGCUCCCGAGGAUGAAGAUUGGGAAAAGGUCGAAGCAGAAGACGAAGAUGACGACGAUCAUGGUGUUCAGCUACUAGGCGAGUCACAAAUCCUGGAAAAGAGUGAAACCCCGACACGGAAGCGUAAAGCAGAGGAUGACGGUGUGAAAGAGCUACAACGGAGGUGA